AUGAAGUUUGCAAUUGGAAACCAGACGAUCUGGUUGGAUGACUUGGAACAUAACUUAGCUAAUGGAGCACCCAUUUCUAUUUAUGAUGACAUCCCAGACCUUAACAAGACUGCUAUGGAAAUAUACUCAGAAAAUACCCUAGAGAUAAACUGGAAGGGCAUGAAUGAUUUCUUAGAUCACCUUUCUGAAACAGGUAAUGCAACAUUGGCUAAAAGGGAAGACUUACUCGGCGUGAUCAUUAAUGCUAUCGACCCGUCAAAGGCAACCAACAGCGACAAACUUGCCAAAAGAGAAGGAAGUUGUGAAAAUGGGUACACUCACAAUUCUUUCAGUUGUUUAACCGUCUGGCGUACUAUUAGGUCAUUAUCUUCGAAUAUUCGCGAAUUUUACUACACAUACGCAACUGCUAUGAUCGAUAAUGCUAGCGGUUUAGCUUCGCUAGGAUACUCUGUAGCUUCAGACAUAAAAAACCGUUCUAACAAGAAGUCCUGCAACGGUGGUUCUGAUUGGUUCGAUGUUUAUAACAAAAGAUGGAACUAA